CCUCGCACAUUCAGCUGCGGAGCCAACUACGUCAAGAGCAUGGAUGGAGUAUUUAAAAAACUGUUUUAAAAAGAAAAAAAAGACUGACAGUGCAAAGUAUGCAUGUGGGGGUCCAGGUGCUCCGGAGAUCGGGACGACGACAAUUUGAAGAGCAGAAACUUUGAUGCUUGCUGCCUCCUCACUUAAUGUUGGAGACACUUCUGCGGACCAGGGAAACACAAACCAUGUGGGUUUUAAGGUAGAUUAUGUAAUGUGGAGCUCCAAUUGAAGCGGGGGCAUGCAAAGUGCUUUUGCUUGAAAGAAGAUGUCUGGGUUUUGCGGUGAAAAAUGGAUAAUAAAUGACAUCUGGGAUUACUGAAAGCACAACCAAAAGAAUGAAGGUUGGGGACCUGCAGAGAAUGUGCAGAAAGACCUUGGUGCUGACCGUCUGCAUGGUGACUCUUUGGGGACACUUCAGCACUGCCUUGUCAUUUCGGAGCCACAUAGUUCACGUGAAAGCAGGAACCUGUGAGGUCAUUGCUGCACACCGAUGCUGCAACAAGAACAAGAUCGAGGAGCGAUCGCAGACCGUCAAAUGCUCCUGCUUCCCAGGACAAGUGGCGGGGACCACGAGGGCGGCACCGUCUUGUGUGGACGCAUCCCUGGUGGCCCAGAAAUGGUGGUGCCAGAUGCAUCCCUGCAUGGACGCUGAGGAAUGCAAAGUGCUGCCAGACCUAAAAGGAUGGAGCUGCAGUAGGGGCAACAAAGUCAAGACCACCAAGGUCACACGGUAGUUUCCAGCAGAGCAGAAGUGGAUAUCACUGUAGGACACUUUUUCUUUUGUCUUAGGGAUUUUUGGAAACUCCAGACCAAUGGGGACUUUGGUCAAAAGGACAGUGAAGAGGAGUCGUGGAAGACUGCCUGUCCUAGAAGAUGACUGACAUCCACGUCUCCAACUGUCUUUGUAUUAUAGUUUGACUCCCACACACCAGAGGACUCGGCCUUGAAGAUAUUUAUUAGCUCAGAACAACAACAAAAAAAACGUGAUGUGAAACCUUUGUCUUUUCCCCAAAGAUAUGUUUGUGUUGUCGCUCAAGUGACAUCAGCAUUUUCAAUCAUCCACUUGUUGGGCUGCUAAGUGGUCCUUGCAGAGACCAGGUGUCCAUGAAGGGUGGGUUACAACAAAACAUCCACCAGGUUGAAAUAGUAUUUGUUGUUUUCAGACACCACCAUUGAUGACGGUAGCAUCUGAAUAGAUCUAACCACAUCGAGAUACUGUCUCUUUAAAUGCACAUUUCAGCUCAACAUAAUUCUCCAUUGAAUAAUUGUGCCAUCACCUUAUGUUAAUACCCUCACAUCUGAAUCCAAACAAUACCCUGAGAUGCAUUACUAAUAUGCAACUGUGCCAAUGUUCAAUACUUGGUUUCUGUGUUAAAAUGUGUUAGUAAAUACAAAACAAAUAAUUACAAAUAGGUAUUU